UGGCGGAUGGAGAGCUCUGUGUGGGGCUGAAAGACUGGCGGAGGGUGAAGCUGAGCGCGGGUCCGUCACUGCUGUGCUGCGUGAACGCGCAGGGGGAAACCAGUCUGAGGAACAUCAGCGACAGCAGGGGAGCUGAGCAUACACUACAGCACACCUGUGUAGAUUUCUUGUGGGAGGAUGUGAGUGUGAGCAGCGGUGCACGUGUGAAGCCAAAGCUGCUGCUGCUAGACUCUGAGUUUUCUCUGCAUAUGUAUGAUGUGGAUCAGGAUGAUCAGCCGACGCUGGUGUGUGAAACAUCCUCUAAUACACUGCUUCAGAUCAUCAAACACACACACGCCGACAUGUGUGCUGUGGCGUCUGUGAGGCUGUUGUGUUUCUCUGAGGGCCGCUGUGUGUUGUUGGUGAACACGUGUGUGUUGCUGCAGCUCAGACUAACGGAGGACACACUAGAGCCCAUAUCCUGCUGCCGCCUCGGUGUGGAGUGUGUGGAGGAGUGUGUUGACUGCCGGCUGUGCAGAGGAGCACUCUUCAUCCUCCUCAACAGCGGACUCUCAUAUGUGUUUGACAGCACUGACGGGCAGCUGUUGGCGAAGGUGGAUUUUCCCUCAUACUGCUGCAAUGCUGGUGUUUCUCCAUCCACCUCCUCCUUCUGUCUGCUCCAGAUCUCUGCUGAUCUCAGUACGGCUGUGAGCGUCACACGGCAGAACCAGGCCUACGCCGUACACCUCGACCACUACUUCAGUGUGUAUCCCGAUCACUUAUACUGCCGUGCGGCCCCCAUUCGUCCAUUCCUCAGGCCUGUUGAAUCCUGUGAUCAGGACAGUCUCUCCAGCUCCACCCACAGUCUGUCAGUGCUGAAUAAACCCCUGCAGGCCGACCGGUCAUGGGAGUCUCGUCUGUCUGCGCUCUACAAUCAAACUAAAGCUCCUGUUCGUCCCGUUUACAUUUCACCCUGGUAUAAAGACUUUCCUCACAUCGAAUGCCGUCGCGCAGCCGCUACAGCUAAACUCUGCCAUUCCUCCGUGAAGACAGGGGGCGCCGUUAUGUCUUUUAAUGUGCCAGAUGGAGCCACACCAGCAGGACUCAACGUGUCAGAGUUUUCAGCACUAAUUACGUUCGUUUCUCCUGCUAACGCUAAUACGGUUCUGGCCUACUGGGAUCUGGAGAACGAAAGUGUGACGUAUCAUCGUGCAGAUGCUAAUGCUAUUCCUGUGCAGAGAUCAGCAGAGGAGAACCUGUGUCUAUUACUGAAGGCGUCGGGUCUGUCGGUGGUGCUGUUCUGUGUUUCUCAGGACGAGCUGCUCAACAGACUGAUGGUGUUCGGCAGCGCAGGAACAGUGGAUUCACUCUGCCAUCUGAACGCAUGGGGGCGCUGUUCAAUCCCUAUACACGCCCUGCAGGCGGGUCUGAAGAACCAUCAGCUGGACACAGUGGAUUUCUUCCUGAAGAGUAAAGAGAACAUCUUGAGUUCUUCAUCCGGCUUCAGUCCAGGAGAUCCUCCUCCGUCCUCCUCCAACACACACACUCAUCUGCGGAGUAUCGAAGCUCUGUGUCCUGCCCUGGAUCUCCUGCGCUCUGCGAUUCGCGACACACACACUGAAGCUCAGAGUCAACAGUUCUGUGAGCAGCUCUUGAGCAUCACUAUGAGCUUCCUGAACACACAGACCAGAGUCCUGCUGAGCGGAGCGCACGGAGGAUGGAUGGAUGGUGGAUGUAUAGAUUGAUGGAUGGAUGGAUGGAAAUACAAACAGAUGGAUGGAUGGAUUGGUGGAUGGAUGGAUGGAUGGAUGGAUAUACAGAAAGAUGGUAUAUAACAUGUAGUGUGUGUGUGUGUGUGUGUGUGUGUGUGUGUGUGUGUGUGUGUCUCAGAGCCGGAGUGUGUGUUUGAGGCGAGUCUGGCAGCUGCGCAGGUUCUUCUUCUCCCCGGCAGUCAGGCGAGCAUCAGCAGUGUGUUACUGGAGGGACACAGCCUGCUCACACUCGCCACAGCCAUGUUCACAGCCGGCGGCAUACAGCAGGCGGUCAGUACAGUGGACCCUCAGCUCCUCAGGAUGGCUCUCCGUCAGUAUCCUCAACUGAAGACAGCGCUGUUCCCUCAGAGCGGCCCUCGCGGAGAUGUCUCGCUCUACCACCUGCUGCAGUCUCUACAUCCCCUGGACUCCUCCAGACUCUUCGGAUGGCAGUCCGCCAACAGUGUGUCUGCCAGCAGCGAAGCGUCCAGUGAGCCUCCUCAUUUCUCCAGCUCUCACCUCGUCAGUAAUUUCGCCAUCGUGGAGAAUCUGGAUUUCCUGUACUUCCUGCGUCACGGACGGCCGGCCUUCGCUUACGCUGUUUACCUCACACAACACCUGAGAGACUGCAGUAACACUAAACUACAGUUGUCUAUGGCAGUGGAUCAGUCGUACUCAUUGGCUCUGUUGAACUUCAGCAGUGCGAGUGUGUCGUCGGCGUGUGUGUGCUUUUGUGAGCUCAUGGGUGUGUGUAGCCUCAAACUGAGGACGGAUCUGCGCACGCUGAACCUCAUUCACAAGCACUGGAGUCAGAGCCGUGAGGACGGAGACGCAGAUUUACUGCGACACACUCUGGUGGAGAAGGCCAGUCAGCUGAUUAGCGCUGAGCAUCGCACGGCUCAGGAUCUGCUCCUCCAUCUGGAAGCGGCCAUCAGAGACGCUCUGGAGAAGAAGACCAUCAGUCGCUGGUCGUUCGAGGCAGCACAGGAAUGGGCACUUCCUGUCCAGUUCUGUCGACUCCACGCUCUUCCUCUAAGCUCCGCCUACCCGCUGGACUGCGCUCAUGAUGGACAGUGGCUGCACUUUCUGCUGUUCGUUCAGACGCACCAGUACCCGCCCCAACAGGUCAGGUUUCUAUCUGAAAGCUUCAGUCCGGCUCUGCAGUCUCACAUUUCUCUGGCCUUCCAGGAUCUGCGUUCGCCAAUAGAGGAUCAGGGAGUCUCAGUGACUCCGCCCUCUCCAGACGAGAGCUCUGAUUGGCCCACAGAGCUGUUCCAGGUGCUACUGCAGAGUCAGGAGAAGCCCCACCCCUGGAGGAUCCUGCUGUCAGAGGCUGUGCGGCGCCGCUGUGCUCCUCUGGCCGUCCUCGCUGCCUCACACCAGGGCUCCGAGCUGCUGCAGUGCCUUUGUGUGUGGAUCUUGACCUCGGUGGAUGAUGAUGAUGUCACUCAGGAAGCUGCCGCCCACAUCAACGAGAGCCCCGCCCACCACGUGUGGAACCUGCAUGACCUGUCCAUCCUCUGGAAGACGCUGCUGAGCCGCAGCAAGAUCAGGCCUCUGAUUCGCGGAUUCCAGCUCUUUCAGAGGGAGUCUCCGCUGAUUGCCAUGCUUCAGAUGUACGAGUUUUGCUUCGACUACAAAGACUAUCAGAGAGCCAAAGACAAACUGCUGGACUUCCAGAAGAGUCUGCUUAAUUUGCGUAGCAGCAGUGUGUUGUCCAGCUCUGAUGUUCUGCCAGUGCAGUGGGUGGAGUCUCAAGCUUCAGUGCUGCUCCUGACGCUCCUCAAGCAGAGCCGGACGCAGUAUGAGCUCCGACGGCUGCUGCAGCUGCUGCUGCAGCUGCUGCUGGACGUGGAGAAACUGCUCAAGUCAAACGGUCCAGAUUUCCGGCUGCUCAGUGAGCUCAGUCAGCUGCUGUGUGAGACGCCGGUGUGUGUGUCGUCUCGUCUGCUUGACUGUUAUUCCCCCAGUGUCCUGCAGGAGGAGUGUGUGAGGAUCAUGGAGGAGCUGCAGGACGCCGGACUCUACAUGCAGGCGCGCAGAGUCGCAGAGCUGGCCGAGCUGCCCGCACACACACUCAUCAUCAACCAGCUUCUGCGGGAUCUGAGCGCUCAGAAACUGAAGCGUCAGUGGGAGCGUCAGGAGAUUCGAUUGGCCUUCUGGAGGAGGUCACAUGAUCAGCUGCAGACCGAACACGUGCAGCCAGAGACCGCAUGCCACUUCUUCCUCUCACAGGCCGAGGUGGCGCUGCAGUCAGACUCAGAGCUGGUGAAUCUCCAGGAGCGCUGUGUUCUGCUGGGUUUAGCAGGACUCUGGUUGUCUCGCUGUGAUCCUCCACCAUCCACUCCAAUUUUAGCAGAUCUGGAGAAGCGUCAAUGGGAAUGUCGGAUCCAGCAGCGACUCCUACUGGCAGAUCUGGAGCGUCAGAGUCUGUUCGCUCCGUCCGCACUCUCCGAAGACUCUCCGGAAAAUCUCCUGCGCGAUUUUUCCUUCUCCAGAAUGCCGGCUCUUAAUGACGAUGCUAAUCUGAGUCUGGACGGUCUGCCGGCGGAUUCAAAUUCCUGUAUUCUGCCUGAUGACCAGCAGAGGGCGCUGGCGAGUCUGAUCGCGCAGCUACUGAACGACGGCAGUGUGAACGAGGCUAGCCGUGUGUGUCGCUACUUCAGGUUUUUUCACAAAGAUGUGUGGCUGGUGUUGCGGUGUCGCGGGUUAGCAUGCGGCGAACUGCAGCCUGAACUUCACAGUCCUGAUGGAGAGAGCCGCCGCAGUCUGCCGUCAUCUCCCAGUAUGAGCUCCCUGUCGUCGUUUGUGGUGGUGUCGUCUCCUGAUGAUCAGCUCCAGCUUCAGCUCCAGCUGCUGGUGGAUCAGUGCAGCCACGGCAAGAGUUACUGCAAACAAGUGCUGAGCCUCUACCAGCUCUCCAAGGAGCUGCAGUGCUCGUUCUCUGAGCUGUGGUCCUCUGAGCCGGAGUGUGUCCUGCAGAAGGUGCUUCUGUCUCGUCAGUCUGAGCGCUGUAAGAAAGCAGAGGCCUUCAUCAGUGCUCAGAGUCUGCAGCCGCACACCGUCGCCAACCUCAUCUCCACUGCAGUGCUGGAGGGACUGAACGCACACACACGAGACACUGACACUAGUGAGCGUCUGAUUUUCAGUGCGUCGGACAGCAGAGAGUCGUUCCUCCAGCUCGCCAAACUGUGUGGAGACGCCAAUCUGGUGGGAAACAAACUGCUGGACAGCAUCGGCAGCGUCCCGCUGUCAGACCUCAGCUGCAUCGUGGAGCUGCUGAUUCUGGCUCAUGACUGCUUCAGUGUCACCUGUAAUCUGGAAGGGAUUGUUCGUGUUCUUCAGGCCUGCAGACACCUGAGCCACACACACCUGGCGCACGGAGACGCUCACGGCCUGCUGGUGCGUCUGCUCACAGGUAUCGGCAGGUAUAAUGACAUGACGUACGUCUUCGAUCUGCUGCACCAGAACCACCGAUUCGAGAUGCUGCUGCGCAAGAAAGUGGAGUCGAAUGUGCGUCUGAAGACGGCACUGCUGGAUUAUAUCAAGCGUUGUCUGCCUGGCGACAGCGAGAAGCACAACAUGGUGGCGCUGUGUUUCAGCAUGUGCCGAGAGAUCGGAGAAAACCACGAGGCGGCGGCCAGAACACAACUCAAACUCAUAGAGUCUCAGCCCUGGGUGAUCACAGCAGAGCUGAAGAAGGCGUUAGUGAAGGUGCAGACGCUCCUCAAAGACGCAGCUGAGAGCUACUCAAAGGACUCGUGUGUCCGUCAGGCUGUGCGCUGUGUGAAGCUGGCGAAGCUGGUGACUCUGCAGCUGCACUUCCUGAAUCAGGGCCUGGAGCUGCGCAUCAUCAACCUGCAGCACACAGACCUGCAGAACACCAGCAACACACUGCCACACUGCUACCAGGUGUUCGUGUUAGCAGAGGCGUAUGACUUCAGUCCAGACUGGGCCGAGGUUUUCUAUCAGAAGGUCAUCAUGAGAGGAGACUUCAGCUACCUGGAGGAGUUCAAGAGGCACAGGCCGCUAGCUGCUAGUCUCUUCCAGGACAUCUCCAACAAGGUGUGUCAUCAGAAGCCCCCCGCGAGCUGCAGUCAGCACCUGAAGAAGCUGCUGUCGCACUGUGAGGACGUCUACACGCAUUAUAAACUGGCCUACGAGCACCAGUUCCUGGACGUGGCCAACAUGCUGCUGCAGGACUCCAAGACCAACAGCUUCCUGAAGGACCGCCUCCGCACCUAACCAGCCAAUCACAGAGCAGACACACCGGAGCUCAUCAAUAUUCAUGAGGACAGUCAUUCAUUAAUAAUGAGCAGUUAUCAUACACUAACAGCAGUGUUCAGAGUGUUCAGAAAAUGCCUUAAUCAAGAGUUUAUAUUAUAUGUGUAAAAAUAUAAUUAAUAUAAAAUGACUUUUUGAUGAUUUCAGACGUCAG